UCUUGGUAUUCCUUCUUGGUACUGCUAGUGCUAGGCAUCAAUCGUCAAGUAAAAUCCAGAGAAGAAGCAGACGGCUGUCACUCCACUUCCAUAUUCCAAUUCGAUCCCACACCCUGAGCGCACGACGCCGUUUCACCUCUCGAGAAUGCAGAAUCAGGAUGGGGUCCAAGUCGAUGGGGAAGUGGAGUCUGCAGCAUCGGUUGCAACACCCGAGUUUGAUGAGUGGGCAAAUUUUGGGGACCAAGAUAUCAUGCAGCAGCACUCUGCGAUUCGAGCCGAGGAGGCUGAAAAAAUUCCCUUCCUGGGGAACAAGGAACCUCUAUCAUCACUGGCGGCUGAAUAUCAAUCGGGCAGCGCUAUCUUGUUGGAGAAAAUAAAGGUUCUUGGUGAACAAUAUGCUGCUAUUCGGCGUACACGGGGAGAUGGCAACUGCUUCUUCCGAAGCUUUAUGUUUUCGUACCUUGAGCAUAUUUUGGAAUCACAAGAUCAAAGUGAGGUUGACCGUAUCAAGGCCAAUGUUGAACAAUGCAGAAAAACACUUCAAAGCUUGGGUUAUGCAGACUUUACUUUUGAGGAUUUCUUUGCGUUAUUCCUUGAGCAGCUGGACAGUGUUCUUCAAGGAAAUGAAGAAUCUAUAAGUCAUGAUGAACUCAUACUUAGGAGCCGAGAUCAGUCAGUAUCUGAUUAUGUUGUGAUGUUUUUUAGAUUUGUUACCUCGGGUGAAAUCAGGAAACGCUCAGAGUUUUUUGAGCCUUUUAUAUUGGGAUUGACCAAUGCAACCGUAGAGCAGUUUUGCAAAUCGUCAGUGGAACCGAUGGGUGAAGAAAGUGACCACGUGCACAUCACUGCCCUGUCAGAUGCACUGGGUGUGCCAAUCCGUGUUGUGUACCUUGACCGUAGCUCAUGUGAUAAUGGUGGUGUUAGCGUGAAUCAUCAUGAUUUCAUUCCUGCUGGAAGUGAUGCUCUAAAAGCUAGUGAGGGCUCUGAGAAAGUCAGUCCCUUUAUUACCUUGCUUUAUCGCCCAGGUCACUACGAUAUUCUCUACCCAAAGUGAUGCUCUCACCUGUUCCUGCAAUUGGCAAUGUCCGGGUUAGUGAUCGAGACAAGCUGAAUGUGCUGACAAGAGUUUGAUGCUAUAAGGUAAAAGGCCGAAGCUCUCAUUUAGUUGGAGAAUGUAACUUUGCUCUGAACUGUUAAAAGUGAGUGAGGCCAGAAACACAACAUUUGCCUGAAAAAAAUUGGGAAAUCAGUUUAGGACUUGCCAACUGUAAACGAGCAGGACGUAGUUUCAUCAUCGAUAAGAAAUUACAAUUUAAAAAGUGACUGUUUCGUCUGUAAUGGAUGUUUGCAAUUUAAAAAGUAACCUGUUGUUUGAUUCUGUAA